GUUUCAUCCCGACCGCCGAGGACACACUCCCGCCGUGAUAUCCGAACACAUCAGGCAGCACCAUGGGCUACCAGUGGAUAGAAAAAUGCCGAAUCCGAAAGCCUGAAGUCCGGGAAUUUUUGUCGGAAUUUUUCGGGACUCUCAUUCUUAUUCUCUACGGAGAUUUGGCUUUCGCUGGAACCAUUUUAGAGGGUAAAGGAGUCCCAGAUGUGUUUGGUGUCACGUGGGCUUGGGGUGUCGGUGUUAUAUUAGGUAUCACAGCGUCUGGAAACAUAUCAGGUGGGCAUAUUAACCCUGCGGUGACCGUGGCUUUUGCUGCUGUGGGGAAAAUGCCUUGGAGUAAGGUACCUUGGUAUCUGGCGGGUCAACAUUUGGCAGGAUUUGUGGCUUCUGUCGCCGUUUUUAUAACAUACUACGAUGCUUUCAAUGCUUUCGAUCCGGAACGAACAGUCGUCGGGGAUACUCACACAGCUUGGGUAUUCGCAACGUAUCCAAGAGAUACUAUCUCGAUUUGGAACUGCUUCAUUGCGGAGGUUAUAGCCGGAAUUCUGGUCAUGUUCACCGUGAUGGCCAUCGUGGAUAAGAGAAAUCUCAACAUUCCCAAGUUCCUAUACCCCAUAUUCAUUGGCGUCAUGAUACAAGUCACUGCACAGACAUUCGGCCUCAACUGCAUGGCACCCAUCAACCCAGCACGGGACUUCCCCACUCGAAUCUUCACAGCUAUAGCAGGAUGGGGGAAAGAAACCUUCAGUAUCCGAGGUUAUGGUUACUGGUGGAUUGGUAUAUUAGGACCUCACAUCGGAUGUAUCCUCGGUGGAUGGUUGUACUACAUAGGUAUCGAAAUACAUUGGCCUCCAGAAGACAAACAAGAAGAUCAAGAGCUAGCUCUAAGGACAAAAGCGUGAUUAAUUCAUUCAUCGGUGUGUGUCUGUGCUUAGUGUUAUGCAUGUUUUCUAUCAAGUCACCGUUUCCCAUCAGAUCUACGAGAUUCCUCCCUUCAUGUUCAAUUUUAUAUACAAAUAAAAAUAUGCUUUAUCAAUUAA